AUGAAGACGAAUGGUGUCAGACAAGCACAAGUGGCCAUAGCAUCGAAAGGCAUAAUCAAGACCGAGCGGGCCUAUACCUGGGCCGAAGACGACCGCGAGACCGCCAGAACUAACGAUAUCUUUCUUCUUGCAAGCGUGAGCAAGAUGUUCACUUUUGCUGCUGUUGACAUCCUCAUCAACAGCGGCAAACUCUCCCCCGAGACUAAAGUCAUGAGCGUCUGGGCUAAGAAUAUCACUGUCAAACAUCUGCUCGACCAUAAAGGAGGAUAUGAUCGAGGCGAAGCCGGCGAGGAUAUCAAUAAAUUUUAA